UCUUGGCGGCGGCAGGAGUCCGGAUGCAGGUCGCUGGAACUACGGCGCUCAACUGUCGCAGGGAGUGAUGGCAUUGAUUGAUUAUGGAGAGCCAUGAUGGAAAUGGGAGAGAGGAUGCCGGCAAUGGGAGAGAGGACGGCGGAAAUGGGAGAGAGGAUGAGAGAAAUGGGAGAGAGAAUCAUGGCGGUGGGGACAGGGGUUGGGGGCUCGGCAGGGGGCAAUGCCUUGGGUUUUGGUGGAACUGGCUGGGCUAGUGGAAUGACUGAGGGCCCUCUUGUGGGAGGAGCAGCAGGGGUUGGGGGUUUGGCAGAGGGCUCUGGCUUGGGUGUUCGUGGAAUGGGCUGGGCUGUUGGAAUGACUGAGGGCCGUCUUGUGGGAGGAGCAACAGCUGCAGUGAGGGGCCGAGGCGCAGGGAUGGCAGACCCUUUUGCAGGGGGAGUAGGACACCCACUCGUCACGUGUGAUAAGCUAGGACAAGGGGGAUCACGAUCAGGAUCACAUCCUGCUCCUGGAGGAGUUCCAGGCCCUCUUGUGGGAGGAGCAGCGGGGGUUGGGGGCUUGGCAGGGGGCACUGCGUUGGGUUUUGGUGGAACUGGCUGGCCUGGUGGAACGACUGAGGGCCCUCUUCUGGGAGGAGCAGGAGGGGUUGGGGGCUUGGCAGGGGGCACUGCCUUGGGUGUUGGUGGAAGUGGCUGGGCUGGAGGUACGACUGAGGGCCCUCUUGUGGGAGGAGCAGCAGCUGCAGCGAGGGGCCGAGGGGCAAGGAUGGCAGGAACUUUUGCAGGGGGAGUCAGACAUCAACUUGUCACGUGCGAUAAGCCAGGACAGGCGCGAUCACGAUCAGGAUCACGUCCUGCUCCUGGAGGAGGUCCACGCCCUCUUGUGGGAGGAGCAGCAGGGGUUGGGGGCUCAACAGGGGUCAUUGGCUUAGGUGUUGGUGGAACUGGCUGGGCUGGUGGAACGCCUGAGGGCCCUCUUGUGGGAGGAGUGGCAGGGGCUCGGGGCUUGGCAGGGGGCGCUGCCUUGGGUGCCGGGGGAACUGGCUGGACUGGAGGAACGACUGAGGGCCCUCUUGUGGGAGGAGCAGCAUCUGCAGCGAGGGGCCGAGGGGCAGGGAUGGCAGGAGGUUUUGCAGGGGUAGUAGGGCAUCCACCUGUAUCGUGUGAUAAGCCAGGAGGAGGCGCUGCCUUGGGUUCCGGGGGAACUGGCUGGACUGGAGGAACGGCUGAGGGCCCUCUUGUGGGAGGAGCAGCAUCUGCAGUGAGGGGCCGAGGGGCAGGGAUGGCAGGAGGUUUUGCAGGGGUAGUAGGGCAUCCACCUGUAUCGUGUGAUAUGCCAGGACAGGCAGGAUUACAAUCAGGAUCACGUCCUGCUCCUGGAGGAGUUCCAGGCCCUCUUGUGGGAGGAACGGCAGGGGUUGGGGCCACGGCAGGGAGCACUGCAUUGGGUGUCAGUGGAAUUGGCUGGGCUGGAGGAACAACUGGGGGCCCUCUUGUGGGAGCAGCAUCAGCUGCAGCUGCUCCGGCAGCAGCAGUAGCCGCCGCAGCAGUCGCAGCAGCGGCAAGAGGUCGAGGACCGGGGAUGGCAGGAGGUUUUGCAGGGGGAGUAGGUCAUCCACCUGUCAAGUGUGAUAAGCCAGGACAGGCAGGGUCACGAUCAGGGUCACGCCCUUCUCUUGGAGGAGUUCCGAGCCCUCUAGUGGGAGCAACAGCAGGGGUUGGGGUCUCGGCAGGGGGCAUUGCCUUGGGUGUUGGUGGAACUGGCUGGGCUGGUGGAAUGACUGAGGGCCCUCGUGUGGGAGGAGCAGCAGCUGCAACUGCUCCUGCAGCAGCAGUGGCAGCAGCAGCAGCAGCGGUAGCAGCACGAGCAAGGGGCCAAGGGGCAGGGAUGGCAGCAGUGGUUGGGGGGCCGGCAGGGGGCACUGCCUUGGGUGUCGGUGGAGGUGACUGGGCUGGUAGAACAACCCAGGACCCUCUUGUGGGAGCAGCAGCAGCUGCAGCUGCUCCAGCAGCAGCAGUAGCAGCAGGGGCGAGGGGGCAAGGAGCAGGGAUGGCAGCAGGGGUGGGGGGCUCGGGAGGGGCCACCGCCUUAGGUGUCCGUAGAACUGGCUGGGACGGUAGAAUGACUGAAGGCCGUCUUGUGGGAGGAGAAGCAGCUGCAGCUGCUCCAGCAGCAUCAGUAGCAGCAGCAGCAGCAGCAGGAGCAGUAGCUGCAGGAGUGAGGGGCCAAGGAGCAGGGGUGGCGGGAGGGGUUGGGGGUUCGGGGGAGGGUGCUGCAUUGGGUGUCGGUGGAACUGGCUUGGCUGGUGGAACGACUGAAGGCCCUCUUGUGGGAGGAGCAGCAGCUCCAGCUGAUCCAGCUACAGCAGUAGCAGCAGGAGCAAGGGGCCAAGGAGCAGGGAUGGCAGCAGGGGUUGGGGACUCGGCAGGGGGCACUGCCUUGGGUGUCGGCGGAACUGGCUGGGCUGGUGGAAUAACUGAAGGCCCUCCUGUGGGAGAAGCAGCUGCUGCAGCUACUCCAGCAGUAGCAGUAGCAGCAGGAGCAAGGGACCAAGGAGCAGGGAUGGCAGGAGCCUCUGCAGGGGGAGUAGGACAUCCACCUGUCAUGUGUGAUAAGCCCGGACAGGCAGGAUCACGAUCAGGAUCACGUCCUUCUCCUGGAGGAGUUCCAGGCCUGGCGCAACGCCAGUUUCAACAGCAGGCACGGCGUCAGCAACGGGUCCAGCAGCAACAGGCAGCAGGUGGGGCUCCUGUUAGUACCAGCAGUGGUCCGGAUUCUGUGGCUCAGCAAAAUGGACCAGGAGCUGUGGGGCCAGUUCGAGGUCCAGCUCAAGAUGAUAUAAGGGUGGAUUUGGGAGAGGUUUACUUCCUCAUCAUGCAUUUCCUGGCUAAUGGCCCUUGCGAGAGAGCUGCUGGGCAAUUGUGGAAUGAGCUGCUCGAACAUAGACUCUUGCCUCGACGGUAUCAUGCACUUUAUUCACGGUCAGGUGAAAGGGAGAAGCAAGAAGAGGAUGAUGGCAUUUCCUUUCCGCUCAGUUACUCUUCCCUUGCGGACAGGUUCAAGCAUGUUUCAUCAGACCAUCUUGUGAAGUUGCUAAAGCAGCUCCUGGUGAACGAUGCGAAGGCUGUUAAGCAAACGGAGCGUAACAGGAUGAAGAUACCUGCUGCUGCAGAUGUUCCGACCUUACUGGGGACUCACACAUUCUCUCUUCUGGACUCAGAGAAGUCUGUGGAGGCAGGGAUACCGAAACCAAGAGUGCCUGUGUUCCGAUUCCCUCAUAGCCAUGCAUCUAUACAGCAUGCACUGAUGCUGAGGGAGAAUGGUGGUGGCUUUGCUCGGUUUUGUAAUCGUCUGCCUUCUGUCAAGGCUGCAAGUUAUGCCCUCGCUCCGCCAACAGUCCUUGUGGAUCGCAUCCAGAUUCUCACAAAACAUCGUGGGCACAGGAAUGCCGUCUACUGCGCUUUGUUUGACAGGACAGGGCAGUACAUUAUCACUGGGUCAGAUGAUAGGCUUGUGAAGAUCUGGGAAGUGAAUAGUGGCUUCUUGCUGCGAAGUUGUCGAGGUCACCAGGGGGACAUCACGGAUCUCGCUGUGAGCAGCGACAAUGUACUGGUUGCUUCUUCAUCAAACGACUUUUCUAUUCGAGUGUGGAGCCUGCCUUCAGGUGUUCCUGUCUCCGUGCUGCGUGGCCAUACUCAAUCUGUCACCGCUGUAGCAUUUAGCCCUCGGAAGAAAUGCGCUCAUCAUCUCCUCUCGUCUUCUGCAGAUGGAACCUGCAGGAUAUGGGAUGCGCGAGAUUCAUCUGUUAAUCCACAAGAGUACAGACCGUCACCCAGGGGUACAGUGGCAGUGAAGAAUGUUGCUUCGGCAGCAGGAGUGGCAGGGCCAUCAAAUGCGCCUCCUGCCGGAGAUGCCGUAAGACAAGACGCAAAUGCUCGCCCUGCCGAGAUCUUGUGCUGCGCUUUCAAUGCCGAUGGGACUAUAUUUGUGACUGGGAGCACUGAUAGAUUGGCGCGUGUAUGGAGUGCAGCAGUAUUUGAUCAAGAAAAUGGGGUUAAUCAUGAGAGGGAAGUGCUGAGCGGGCACGAGAAAGAAGUAAACCAUGUGCAGUUUAGUGGCUGCUCAGCCCCAUUAAAGAUCGCCAAUGAUGCGAAUGAAGAUUGGGUGGAAAACUCGGGUGAUCCUACGCGAGUCAGGAGAGGAACAGGGUUUGUUAAGCAGCACAUUGUCACCUGCUCGAAGGAUGGCAGCGCUAUCAUCUGGCGUCUGCGGCCGAAGUAUCACAAGGCCAAAAGAGGUGCAUGGGUCAAGGGUUACCACCUCAAGGUGCCUCCACCACCCAUCGCACCUAACUUAAGCUGCGUGGGAGGAGCAAGGAAGAGGCUGCUUCCUACUCCACGCGGUGUCAACAUGGUUGUCUGGAGCCUCGAUAACCAAUUUGUGCUUGCAGCCAUCAUGGAUUGCAGGAUCUGCGUGUGGAGAGCAUGCGAUGGGAGUCUAGUUCACUCUUUGACAGGGCACAGCCAGCAGACUUAUGUGCUGGACGUGCAUCCAUUUGAUCCACGAAUAGCUAUGAGCGCUGGCUAUGAUGGCUCAGUCAUCUUAUGGGAUAUCUGGGAAGGAAAACCUAUCAAGCAGUAUUACCUCGGAGACUACGAGCUCGUAGAUGGACAUUUUUCACCAGAUGGCACGUCCUUGGUGGUCUCUGAUGAAGUUGGGCAAUUUUACCUCCUUUCAACGGGCUCCGGGGAAAGCCAGAAGCAUGCCAAGUAUGACCAGUUCUUCCUUGGAGAUUACCGCCCGCUUGUCCACGAUAUCUCAGGCAAUGUACUUGACCAGGAGACGCAGAUGCCACCACAUGAGCGGAACCUUAUCGAUCUUGUCUGUGAUGCAUUGAUGUUGCCGUACGAGGAGCCGUACCAAACAUUCUACCAGCAACGCCGUCUCCUAGGGCAAGCCUUGCCAGAGCACCGUUUUCAGCUCUCGACCGGUCUUCCAGAGGAUGCCGACCCCUCUGUAAUAAUCCCUCACCUCACUGCCGUGGAAGCUGCGAAACAGGCUCAAGUUGUCCAGCUGCCCGCCCCAGCCCCAGCAGAUCCGCGGCAGACGAUUGUGUGGCCAGGAGUUGCGAGUGAACGAGGAGCUCGAGCGGGGGGGCGAUGGCUGGAACAGCCGGAGGCAGACUGGGAAUGGGAACAGGGGGAAGAAAGUGAUCGCGAUGACCUGGAGUCAGAUUACAAUGUCAGUGAAGAGUCGGCGGAAGAUGAUGAAGAAGAAGCGGCACAGUGGGUAGACCUAGGGGUGACGGAUGAUGAGGAAGUGGAGGAUAUGGAGGAGGCGAACGAUCAAGAUGAGGACGAGGAUGCGGAGGAGGUUGAAGCUGAAGUUGAUAUACAUGAACCGAAUGGUAAUGAUAGUGACCAGGAUGGCGGAGGGCGUCGGAGGUCAAAGCGCCGCCAAAGGAAAAGCCAGCGUCGACAAGAAGAACCUGUGAUCUCUUCUCGGGGUAGAAUGGUGAAACGGAAAAGGCUAGAUGCCGGCAGUGAUGAUGAAGGGCAUGAAGUUGCCAGAAGGCUGAAAAGAAAGGGAGGGCUGAAGGCGGUGGCUGUGCAGCAGCAGCCAGGAAGGCCACAUAGGGAAGCGAGGGAAAAGGCAAAACAGAAGAUGUUGAAAGCGAAGGAGGAGGAGGAAGAGGAGGGGGGUGACGCUGAUCAUGAUGAAGAGGAGGCUGCAGGAGCACGUGCGGAUGCAGUAAGCAACAAAGAAGAAGAGGAAGGAGAGGGAGGCAAAAGUGCAGGGAAGGAAUCUGGCUCAAGUAUGGAAAUGGGAUCACAGAAGGCAAGGGGCUCAAAGCGGUUGGGCUCCAAAAGGAAGAGGGCGAUGUUCAAGCUGAGGUUUUCACGGACUUGUGCAGCGAAGGAGACAUCAAAGGUUGAUUGCUAUCUGGAUGACGAUGAUGACAUUGGGGAGGUUAGGAGCAAGAUCCCCUUGGACUCCUCUUCUGGGGAGGACCAGGAUGCAGAUUUGGUGGGCAACGGGGACGAACAGUUUAGCCGUGAAGGGCAUGGAGCAUCCCGACGACACUCGGCAAAAAGAGAUAAGGUUGGGAUACCGGUUCUCAGUGACACAAGUGGCGAAGGAAGGUAUGGAAAGUUGGAAGAGAAGGGCAAUGUAAGGAAUAAGAAAAGGAGGCUUCGUGUCUGUGACUCUAACGACGAUAUGGGCGAAAGCUGUGAGGAGGAAUCACCGCCACAACGUCAAGAGAUUCAAGGUGAGAUUUCAGGCGCAACAGCUUCUGCCGAUAUCCCUGAGCGAGUUAAUGGCAGUGCCAAUGGUGGAGGACACGAGCCAGCAGCUGGUAGGGGUAGCACUCACUUAGACUCCUUGGAUGUGAAAGAUGAAGCCAGGUUGCCAGAGAUCGAGAAUGCGCACACUGACAACCUGAUGGUCCCUGUGCAGGGUCAUAGAGUUGGCUGUGGGAACCGUGCCUCUGCACGUCCAUCUGAUGAAGUACAGGGCUCGGAGUUUCUUGCAAGCAAGAGAGUCGUUAGCCGUGCUAACGGUGUCCAGCCAAGCGGCAGAGAGCUCAAUGAAGGAGAUGAGACAGAGAGGAAGGGUGAAGGCAAAAAAUAUGUCAAACAUGAGUGUGGUUCAACGCCUGAUGACGAGAGGUUUCCUCUGCACCGUCAGAAUGGGGGCAUAAGUCAGGAGUCUGCUGAAGAAAAAGAUGAAGCGGGUGAAGAACUUGAUGGAAGACACAGUGAAAGGAUAGGGCCAGACAACCGAGGAGAACAGCUCUUACAGACUGCUGGGGAGGCAAAGGGUGCGCGAUGGUAUGGGAGUUCGCCGGCUUUAAAAAGAGACUGGUAUAAUGGGGUGAGCAUUGUACAGCGCAGAGAGCGCAGCGACGGUGUGGAGAAUGCAGGGUUGGAAGAUCGAUACAAUGAAGAGCAGGGAGGGGAUGAGGAUGCACCACUCCAUGAGAACGGACCUAUCUACCUUGGCGCAUAUAGAUGCGGCAUGGAUGAACUAAGUCAUGAGGCGAGUGGAGGCAUUUAUGAAGAGGGGAACGAGGAUGUUGCAGAGGACGUUGAGGACAGAGGAGAUAUCUCUGAGGAGGAAAGAGAAAUUCUAAGGGAGGUGGAGAGCGAUGAGGAUUGGACUGGGGAGCAAGCAAGCAUCAGAAACGAGAGAAGCGAGGGGCACAGCUCCCUGGAGGACAGCGGGAAGCUAAGAGGGUUCUGUAAUGAUCGUGAGCAGGAUCGGAACAUUCUGAAUUUGAGCAACUUGCGAGGCCAUGUGAAGCAGGGCCGGAACAUUCCCGAAGAAGGCAAGUACGAUGAGGAGGGAAAUGAGGGCUUGGGUGCGGGCAACUGUUGGGACAGGAGCCCCUGCCCAUCUCAUCGAAAGGGGUAUAGUGAAUCUUCGGGGCAAUUGGGUGAACACAAAGGUCAUUGGGAAGCUCGGAAGGAUAAGCAGGUGAAGGAAGUGGAUGGCUGCUCUCACAUGGACUACAUGAGGGUACAGGGGCGGAGAGAUGCUCACAAAGGGAGCGAGCCAAGAGUGGAAGAAGGAAAGAAUGGGCUGCAUUUGGGUGACAGUGAUGAUUAUGAAGAGGAUGAUAGGGAUGAUGACAUGGAGGAGGGGAGGGAGGAGGAGGGGGAAGAGAACGAGGAUGAGAAUGACAAUGGCAUCAGAAACGGUGAAGAUGAUGCAAAUGAGGAAGUUGACGAGGAUGAGGAAGAUCAGGCAGAAAGUGACGAGGAAGAUGAGGAAGAUCAGGCAGACAGUGAUGAGGAAGAUGAGGAAUAUCUGGAGAAGGAGGAAGAGGAGGAGGAGGAGGAGGAGUAUCAGUUUGGCAUAGGGGAAAGGGUGCGGAAUGUUGGUUGUAGAGCAAUCGGCAGGCAUAAGGAAGGCGGGGGUCGAGGUGGAUGGAAGUUGAGAGAGAUGAGGAGCAUCAUGGAGAAGGAUGGUGCUGAAUCGAGUAGUGGUAGUAAUGCGAGAAAGGGGUGGGAGAACAGUUCUGGUCAGCACAGUCAUGUACGAGGGCUGAGGAAGUGCAGAACCAGGAAGAUGAGCAGUGAUUGCAGCCUGCUAGGAGCUCCUGACGCAACUGCAAGAGAGGGAACCAACCUGUCACCAACCAGACAGAGGAGAGGGAAGACCCGACACACGGAGGACGAGGAAGAUCAAGACUUCACGGAUCCGAGGAGUCCUGACCGCCAUGGCAUUGCCUCCAGGAUGUCCCCAAGACCUCAAAGGGCUGGUAACAUGAAUGGAAUGGAUGUUGAAGAAAGCAAUAGGGAAGCAAAAACCGGUUCUUCCAGAAGAAAGCUUGGCAAGGAUGAGCAAUAUUUCGGGGCCUCUCCAACACGGAGCCGAGGUGCCAAACAAGGAAGCCUAUCUGCUGAAGCAGUUUUGACGGAGCGGCUGAAGAAGGACAUGGGGGCUGUCGGUAGCGGGUUGCAGUAUGAGGCUUCUGCCGAGGUUAACGAUGCACGGAACCUUGAGGGAGGAGGAACGAAUAGGAGAGAGCUGAGGCCGAGAAGGCGGGGGGAAGAGACGCAGCUUGGCAGCAAUGCAUUUGCGCAUGGGGUGGGUGAGCGAGGAGGCUGCUCUGUGCUUGACCGGGAUGCAGGGGGGCGAGAACCUGCGAACAUUCUGGGGAAUGGUGUGCAAACUAGGGGCUUUGACAAGUCGCCAUCCGAGCAGCAUGGUGUCCGAGGGCGAAGGUCCAACGUGAAAGAUAACGAGGAGAGAAAAAGGAAGGACUCGGCAGAGAAGACACAGCUGCGGAAAACUGUGCAUGUGGGAGGUAAGGAUAUAGAUUGCGAUGAGGAGACUGGGGGCCGCAAGUUGGAAGCAGCUGGACGGCUGCGCGUGCGUCAGGGCAAGGCGGCAGCUGCCAAUUACAGAGUUGAUGGAGACUCAGAUGAAGAAGGGCGGGCUGUGAGGCCCUCAACGCGAGCAAACAGGUGGUCCAGGCAGGGUGUGAGAAGGAAAACUCUUCUGAGGCAAGGGCAAAAGGGGAAGAGGAAAGGACAUGCCUCCGAGGAGGAGGAUGAGGAUGAUGAAGAGGAGGAGGAGGUGGACGAGAUGGACGAGUUGGACGAGAUGCAGGAGACAGGGGAGGAAGAGGAGGAAGAUGAAGAGGAGGAGGAGGCAGAUGAAGAAGAGGAUGAGGUGGGGGACGAAGAAGAGGACCAGGAAGAGGAUGAAGAGGAAGAAGAAGAGAGUGAAGCCUCCAUCUUGGAGCGUCGCAAACGAAUGCUGCAUCCAGCGAAAGCGAAACGAAUCUUGCCGAGGCGGAAGAGCGGACAAGCCCAGGGAAGUGAUCAUAUAAACCAGGGGCCAAAGCAACUGAGGGUGAGGUUGAAGAGCUUGGACAUGAUUGAGACUCGGAAACUACAGACUAGGCAACAGCUGUCAAUGCUGAGCGCUUUGCGUGAAAGGAGGCAAGAGAAACCAUCCGAAAACUACAGAAGAUCUGCAAAGAGCUUCGCAUGGUUAAGCCUGACCGAAAUUGAGCCUGGUACAAGGUACUACCCGCAGUUUGGAGACGAAGUGGUGUAUUUUUGUCAGGGUCAUGCAGAGAUGCUUCAGAAGCAAGGGAAUGAUUCUCUUGGGAACGGCCCAUGGGUGACAUUCAAACAGAAAUUGCGGCCUGCUGAAAUGUGCCGCAUUUUAAACUUGCAGUACACCAUCCUUAGGGGAAGUGGCGAGACGGCAUGCAAGUUGACGCUCAAGUUUGUGGACGACUCGUCCCCCCUCCUUGACAAAGAGUUCAGUUUGGUUUUGCCGAACAUGACGCGAGACUCGGAUUUCAUUGUGGAGAGAGGACGUUUUGUCGCCGGAUUAGAGAGAGAUUGGUCGCCUGGUGACCUUUGUGAGGUGUGGUGGCACAACAAGGACAGUGAAAUAAGCGGGUCUUGGUUCCGCGGCAGGGUUGUUUCCAAGCAGCAAAAAUGGCCAGAUUACCCAGAUAGCCUGUGGGAGGCAUACACUGUGAGAUAUGAGGAUAACGACGGGAGCAUCUUUGAGCAUAGCCCAUGGGAGCUGCGGGAUUUGGACUGGUCAAAGAGAUGGAAGAGUCCCUGCAUUGAUCAAGAGCUGAGAAAUCUUCUCAUCGCCCAAAUUUGCAGAGUUGAGUCUGAACAACGCCCGGUUGAUCCGGACCCCUACUUACUGGGGACGUUUUACGGCAAGAAUGUGCAGGCGAAGUACUUGGAGAAGGUGGCACUUCCUAUUGGAGUGAACAUGAUAAAAAAGAGACUGGAGGGAAACUACUAUCGCAACGUGAAUGCUUACAGACAUGAUGUCGAGCAAAUCGAACGAAACAGCGUCCUGUAUUACACGCCGACGAGCGUGGAAGUCCGAAAGGCGAAGGCGCUAGUGAAAAAGCUUUUGGAAAGAGUGGACUCAUCGCCUGAAGGCAGGAGUGGAGGAGGCAGUCGAACAAGGCCGAGGACAAUAGCCUCUCCUUCUGAUGCUCAUGGGUAGGUUGGGAGUGUGACGGUGGGAGCGUAACGGCACAAGAUGAACGAUACAGCACAGAUUGAUUGGGGAAGGCAGAGCAUGUUUACUGUUUGAUGGUGGGAAAACUUUGGAUUCAAUUUGAGAUUCGGUUUUCGGACAGCAUUUUCCGCAUUGGGUGUUAACUGUCCAUCAUUCACUUGCUCACCGGGAGCAGCAGGCAGACAAUGGGAGAAGCAGCUGAAGAAUGAUGAUGAUGGCAUCAGCCCUCGGGAGCUGGCGAAGGGAAUGGAAUGGAAUAUGUCUGUAUAUGGACAUAUGGACUAUGAGGACGAGGGGCAGACUGGCUCAGCGAUGUUUUUGAGAGAUGUCAAUGGCAUUCACGUCGAUCGGCUAAGUCCGCUGCCACGAAUCUAGUCACAUUGGACGCUGCGCGGAACGGAAAGUGUCGUAUUCUUUCAGGUGGUUGGAAGCAUGCAGCGAUCGAUUGGGUGAAUGGAUGACGUUUGGGCUCGCCCUUCCGGGUGAGAUUUAGUAAUCGUUUGUUGCAGCAAGCCUUUGUUUAGUGAGCACACAUCACCUUCAUCAUUUCCGGUCGACGUAACUGGGGGUGAUAUCUCUGUGCAGCAAUGUGGAGAUAGGAUGGAUGGACUACAUUUUGCAUUAUAAUGUCGUAUUCUGUUCUGUGGGUGGAAUUGGAAAUAUGCAGUGAUCACUCGAUUGGGUGAAUGGAACGGAGAGUGUUUGGGCCCCCCUUGGGUUUGGUUUGGGGUAUAAUGAGAUUUACUAAUCAUUUGGCUGGCUGAGCAACUGCUUGCUUGAGUAUUUGAGGACAUGGCCUUCAUUUCACGUACUGAUGUAACAUCGGGAAAAUCUAUGUAGGGGCAGUGUGGAGAUAGGACUUGCAGGCUGACAGUCAGGCUUGAGCAUUUUUAUGUCACUGUCAUUAUGUCACAACAACAACAACAGGAACAGAACAUGUCGCCGAGGAGGGGACAUCUCUCCUCCUUAUAGCACUUCUCACCUCCUUUGUGACUGGAAAUGAAAUGUGAGGGAUAGAAUAUAUUAUAUAUGCCAAAAGAGACCGCCAACAAUUCAAAGAAAAAAAAAAAAAAACAAUUCAACAUUGGAGCUCAUCAAGUUGGUCAACGACCGGAGCGGAAGUGAAAGGAACAUGUUUGUGUGUGUGGGGGCGUAUGUGGGCGUGUUUGUGAGCAUGUGUGUGCAUGUGUCUUCUUCUGUUUUACUUCCAUCUGAGUGGCAUAUUGAGUGGAAGGGUUGAGUGGUUUGGAGGAGAAGUUGCUGUACGCCAUGAUAUUAAUGCUCAAGCAUGUGGGCGUGCGAACUUGUGUGUGUGUGUGUGUGUGUAUGAGCAUGUGCGCGUGUCAGAGAGAGAUAGAGAGAGGGAGGGGGGGGGGAAGAGGAGAGACAGUCAUCCAUGUGCGGUAGCAAGUCUGCGAUGUCAGUAAUUCAACGUGGAGGAGACACCCUACUGUAGAUGGGAUGACAUAAUAAGAGAGCAGUACCGCCGAGCGGGCAGUGUACGAAAACGUUGAGGGAGGUGCUGACAUAGACUUAUAUAUAGGGCUUUUCGACGCCUUGCCUUUGUAAAUGACAACAUCGCUGUGAGCUCUUCACCUUUUGUUUUUUUUUGUGGAUUUGCUACGCACAGCAGUUUCUCGGCCGGCGGAAUUGGAAUCAGACGGUAGCUGUGGAGUUUGUUUUCCAGAUGGGAGUGUUGGCGCGGACUUGCUACGUACAGCAGUUUCUCAGCCGGCGGAAUUGGAAUCAGAGGGUUGCUGUGUGGAGUUAAUUCACCAGAUGGGAGUGUUUGCGUGCAACAAUUUCUCCCCGCUUGGGAAUCAGAAACAAUCUUCUUAGACAGCAGAAAUGCACUGGCUGGAUUGUAUCGGUCAUCCAUUUCUCAUUUCUCGGCGACGUUACAGAUUGCCAAAUGGACAAAGAAGGGCUGUUAUUCAAAUGGCCCUGUGACUCUUUUUGGGCGCUGACUCUUUUGGGUGGUGACUUUUUUGGGGGGUGACUCUUUUGGGGGGGUGGAGUAAGAAGCACACAGUAUGGAUCAGCAACGAAAUGUCGCCACCAAUGAGAUCGGCGGUGACGUGGGAAUGCAGCGAUGGCAACGUGCGGGAUUGCAAUAAGGACGAGGAUAACGACGAAGAUGGCGUGGGUGGCCGGAUUAUUAUAUACCGGAAAGCCCGAAACUCAAGUGUGGUUCGCCUAUGUAGCAAUCAAAUUCAGGCGACUCGAUUAUUAUCAUAUAAGGCGAUGUUGAGGACAGCGGCAUCCAGUCAUGCAACACAGUUGCUUGCAGGAAAAAGUGGAGGUGGUUACGAGGAGGGAAGGAAGAGAGGAGGGGGAGACGGAAGGGGGGAGAUGGGAUUGCUAGCUGCAAUCUUUGGUAUAUUGUCGUACCGGACAUGUAUGAAAAUUUGUCGAAUCAAAAGGUUUGUGAUGC